AGCAAGCACAUGAAGAGCAGUGCGUGUGGCGGUGGCAUCCAAGUACGCAGCGCGUGCUCGAAAGCACUCUGGGUCCACGACCAAGCGCGGCCGCACUGCAACAGCUGCAACACCAAGUUUACGUUUCUGCGGCGGCGCCACCACUGCCGCGUUUGCGGCGAAGUCGUGUGCCGCAAGUGCACGCGCACCGUGUACCUAGUCAACACAAGCUCCAACGUCGGCUUGGCGUGCAUCGAAUGCGCCAUCCCGCUCGCCUCGCCGCGCGCCACCAACGACUUUGACGAGCCGCGUAGCUGGGGCACGCGCCCGACCUGCCCGACGUUCUUGAGCACGCUCGAGCGCCAGUCGCUGGAGCAGCUGCCGCCCGAGACGCCCGAGUGCGCGCUAUGCAUUCGAGAGCUGCAAGGCCCUCGGCGGGUGCUGCAACUCCCGUGCCACCAUGCCUUCCACGACGCCUGCCUCUUGCCGUGGCUCAAGACCCACGACGCGUGCCCAAGCUGCAGCUGCCAGCUCCCGCGCGAUACGACGGCGACCGCCGCAAGCCUCUUUACCCCCGACGUGCUUUUGUCCCUCACCAUCUCGUACAACGACGACAUCGACGUCCUCCUCGAAAUGCUGCAGCGCUUCUCGGCCCUCCAAGAGCUCAAGCUCCUCGGGACCGCGUUCGAUGCAGUCGCACUACCGUUGACGGCCACGGCGCGUCCGUUGGCGCUGACGUCGCUUACGCUCCACGGCGUCGAGCUCUCGGCCAGCGCUCACCUUGCGCUUCACGCAUUUCUUGCCAACGCGCCUGAGCUCCAGACACCGUCCUUUGAGGCCACCUGCAGUAUAAACGAUGAUUCGUGCGAUUCUAUCGCAUCUUCAUGCGCCGACUGGAUCCGCAACGGCGUGCAUGAGAUCGAUUUCGUCGACUGCAAGGUCGCAGACGGCUUGGGGACGCAGCUGGCCUACGCCCUCCGCAGCGUGACGAGCCCGUUGGGCGUCAAGAUCAGCUGGAUCAGCAACAAGUUCAGCGACGACGACGACUACAGGGCGCUUCUGGACGCACUCUACACGUGCAUCGUCCUCUUCCUGGAUUGGAACUGGCCGCAGAUGGCGACCAAAGCCAACAAGGGCCAUCUUGCUCUUGACCACGUUCCGACGUCCAAUUGCAGCGAAAUCGAGGUCAACAAUGGUACCAGGCCACGGACGGCAAACGUCAUGCGUCGUCCCUAG